AGAUUCCGAGGUUCAUGUCGGAGGAAGGGAGGGACUUUUUGCGCCGGUGUUUGAUCAGACACCCAGAAGAACGGUGGUCUGUUGGUGAACUUCUGAAACACCCUUUUGUUCGCGAGCAGAAAUCUUGUUCGAAGCAGAAUUCAAGAACACCGACGAGUAUCUUGGAACAAGGAUUCUGGGACACCAUAAACGACUCGGAAACGCUUCAAACUCCGACCAGACCAAAAAUUUACAGAACGCCAUUGCAGAGAAUACAGCAACUGAGUGAAGUGUGCAAAAUUCAGUCUUUUGGGAUACCCAAUUGGGAGUCCGAGUGCGACGAAAAUUGGGAAACAGUAAGAAGCAGAGAAAAAAGCGAUUGCGUUAAUGGAUCGGAAUUGCCCUGUUCCUCUGAAUCCAUGGCAAUGGCAACUGAAAUUGGAAUUGGUAAUUGGAACUAUGUUAGUAUUAGCAUUAGUAGAAGCAGUAAUUGUAGCAAUAAAAUCAGUAAGGCCAAGAAGAGGGACUUGCCAAUGACCUCUGUUUGCAAUGUAACAUUGAAAACUAUUGAUUUUUCUUAUGAUGAGAAAUUAUGUAUUGUCAUUUCUUUGUUUCUUGUCUUUGCUCCUUGUAUCGAUAUUGAAUUAUUUGAUCUUUAUAAAAAUAUUGACGAAAAUUUCAACAUAGAAAAUGUAUAG